AUGGCUUCCAUAUCUGCUCCGCCAAACACACCGGUCUUUGACUGGUUUCCAGCCCGGCUUCUCCAAAGCAAUCCUCGCAGCGCAGCAAAUCCGUAUGCUGCCGUCAUCCUCAACCAGCCAUUAACGAGCCUGGGACCAGCCCAGCGCGUAUGGCGGCGUGCACAAUUCCGAGUAGCCGCAGACGGAGGCGCAAACCAGCUGCACGACGUAGCGGAGACGGCAGGACAAGAUUUUAAAGACCUGGACGUCAUUAUCGGUGACCUUGACUCACUUCGCCCAGAGGUCCAACAGUACUUUGAGACCGAGACAGCCGGCCAUAAGACAGAAAUUAUCCAUGAUACCGACCAGUACUCGACCGACUUCACGAAAGCUGUGAAACUUGUCCAGGACCGGCAUCCGGGCAUCGACGUCGUUGCCCUGGGCGGACUCGGCGGCCGCGUGGACCAAGGCGUCAGCCAGCUCCACCACCUCUAUCUAUUUAGCGAGCGGCGACGAGAUGCGACUAGUGAGAAGUACCGCAUCGGCUGGUCGGACGAGACUGCCCCUCAUGGCAGCACAUUCCUAUUGACAAGCGACAGCCUGACAUUUUUGUUGUUGCCCGGCCUCCACCGGAUCCACGUCCGCGAUCGGCUCGGCGGUGGCGGCGAUGGCGGCAACGGCGAGCCGUCUGAGGAUGUAUUUGCAAAAUACGUUGGAAUUCUACCUAUGCAAGGUCCCAGUGUCAUCUCCACGUCUGGUCUGGAAUGGGACAUUACGGACUGGCCGACGGAGUUUGGCGGGCAUAUGUCGACAAGCAACCACGUCCUGCCAGAAACGGAGGUCGUUGAGGUGCUGACAAACCGGUCUGUUGUCUUUACGAUAGCUCUAAAGGAAGAGUGGCAGGGCAAGUAG